AUGCUACGGAAGUCUGGAAAACAGCGCAAGAAAGACAACGCAGAGCAGCUGAAGGGCCUCCCCAUGGAAAACGGUGUGGCCCAGGAGACAGCAGGCUCUCAGCCCCCUGCCGAAGGGGGCAGAGGUGCUCCUGGCCAGGAGGGCACAGCUCCAGGACAACCCCUGCACCCACCCCGGGUGCGGCCUCGGCUUAUCUUCCACACCCAGCUGGCCCAUGGGAGCCCCACUGCCAAGAUUGAGGGGUUCACCAAUGUUAAGGAGCUCUAUGCCAAAAUUGCAGAGGUCUUUGACAUCUCCCCAACAGAGAUCCUGUUCUGCACUUUGAACACCCACAAGGUAGAUAUGCAGAAGCUUCUGGGCGGCCAGAUUGGUUUGGAGGACUUCAUUUUCGCUCAUGUCCGUGGUGAAACCAAAGAGGUGGAGGUCAUCAAAACAGAGGAUGCUCUGGGACUUACUAUCACAGAUAACGGGGCUGGCUAUGCUUUCAUCAAGCGCAUUAAGGAAGGUAGCAUAAUCAACCGCAUUCCAACUGUGUCUGUCGGGGACAGCAUCGAAGCCAUUAACGACCAAACCAUCGUCGGAUGCCGCCACUACGAAGUUGCCAAGAUGUUGCGCGAGAUGCCCCAGGCGCAGCCAUUUACUUUGCGCCUGGUGCAGCCGAAACGAGCUUUUGAUAUGAUCAGCCAGAGGACACGAAGCAGCAAGAGCUCAAGUGAGGGGAAAAUAGGUAGUGGAAGGGAGACCCUACGGCUGCGUGCAACGGGUGCUGCCACCAUAGAGCAGGCGCCAAGUGAGUUUGAGGAAGAAGCUGCUGGAAAAAUGGAUGACUUAUUGGAAAGCUACAUGGGCAUUCGUGACCUGGAAUUGGCCUCAAGCAUGGUGGAGAUGUCCAAAGAAUGCCAGAGCCCUGAAGACUUCGCUCACAGUCUGGAUUUGCUACUGGGUGAAUUUGCCUUCCCAGAAGAGUUUGUCUCAGAGGUCUGGACUGCGGUUUGCGAGACCAAGGAAAGCUCUGAGUAG